UCAUGAGCUCAGUCGACUGUACCACCUUGCGCGGGACUUGUGAAACAUCUAGAAGUGAGGAUAGAACAUUUUGACUUACAAGAGUGUAACUAAAUAAAACAAAUCUAAAACCAUGAAUGACUCCGUGGAUAAUAUUACAGAAGAUUGGCGCAAAUAUGUAACAUUGGCGCUUAGUGAAGUGCCGUACAGUUCCCAAGUGAUAUUCUCAAUAGCGCUAUUCUUGAUCUUCGUCGCUAGUCUUGUGGGCAACGUACUCACUUGCAUCGUGAUCUACUACGACAAGACGAUGCACACCGUCACCAACUGCUACCUCUUUAACUUGGCUGUGUCAGAUUUACUCGUUACGUUCCCUAUAUUGAUCAUCAUUUAUCAGCUCCUGACACAAAAGCACGAGUUGUUCCAGUACAACAAUGGGGUAUUCUCGUGUAACUUCGUGAUGUGCAUACACUUUUUGAUCAUCGGUGUGCUUUGGAACAACAGCAUCUUAGUGAUGACGGCUCUAUCGAUAGAACGGUACAUAGCAGUGUGCUAUCCGAUGACUUUGAAGCGCACGGGUGUGUGGCAGAGAGUCGGGAAGAUACUGGGAAUAAUUUGGACGAUAGCGGUUUUAGAGACGGUGCCAGAGUUUUGGAUGCUGGAGAUAUUCAACAGUGGAAAUACUUUCAUUUGCUUUUCCUUGCCAUCUUGGUUUGGCAGGAUCGUAAUAGCUGUGAGUGCUGUCCUCACGUUUAUAGUACCGCUGGCUAUAAUGAUAUUCGUGUACUCCAGAAUAGCGGUGAGAAUAAACCAUAAUAAUGUGGGACAUUUUGAUGGUGCUGUUUUCAAUAGUGGAUUUAAAAAGAAGAAAGUUAAUAAACUUAUACUCACGCUGACACUAUCGUUUGUAAUAUGCUGGCUACCAUGUUUCCUGCUCAAAGCGUUGAUGUUUGCAGUUCACUACAAAAAAUUCGCCCACCUGCAUCAGUGGUGGUCGACAGUGAACAAGAUAGCGAUGUUCAAUAGUUGGCUACCGACGGUAUUGAACCCACUGCUAUUCAGCGCCAUGUCCACUAAAUUUAGGAAAUCAUUCAAGAGGCUUUGCGAAGGAAAACUUAGGAAACGAAAUCUAAGAAGCGAAAAAUGUGAAGCGAGUAGCAGUGAGCGUGAAAAGUCAACAAAAUAUUAUCAAGUUGAGUAAACAUUUAACGAUUUGGAAUCUCAAACAAUGAAACGACAAGUAGAUGCAAAGUAAUGUACAGUCACCAAGUUAUUUGUUAUCAGAAUUAACUCGUCGAUUACCGGUUUUGCAGACACAAUUAUAGAACAAUAGGUUGCGGUCACCGGUGACCGCUUGGUAUUUGACAGUUUAAUAGAUUGAUUCUACACAAAGCUUGAACUGAUACUAGAAUGUAUAUCUAUUAAAACAAAGACAAGAUUUUUUUUUAUAUAUUUUAUGGGCCGACAUUUGACCACUAUCUCG